GACAGAUGUUGACGUAUGACACUGGCGCCAAAAUUGGUUCCUGUUUGUUGUUGAGUAUUCAAUAAAUUAUAUUAAGAAAAAAGACAAAAUGAGUAUGUUAUGGGCAGACAAAUAUCGACCAAAAGAUCUUUCAAGUCUAGAUUAUCAUAAAGAACAAAGUGUCAAUUUAAAAAAUUUGACCAAGGAUGGAGAUUUUCCACACUUACUGGUGUAUGGUCCACUGGGAGCCGGCAAAAAGACUCGAAUAAUGUGUUUAUUGAAAGAACUUUACGGCCCAGGGAUAGAAAGAUUAAAAAUGGAAAUGAUGAGUUUCACCACACCUUCAAACAAAAAAUUAGAGAUUAUGACUCUAAAUAGUAAUUAUCACAUAGAAGUUAAUCCUAGCGAUGUUGGUAUAUACGAUAGGGUUGUGAUUAUGGAUAUAAUCAAGAAUGUAGCACAAAGCCAACAGUUAAACGUGAAUGCUCAAAGAGAAUUCAAAGUGAUAGUUUUAACCGAUGUAGAUGAUCUUACAAAAGAUGCUCAGCAUGCGCUUAGAAGAACUAUGGAAAAAUACAUUGCAAAUUGUCGAAUAAUCUUGUGUGCUACUUCUAUAUCUAGAGUUAUACCAGCUAUUAGAUCCCGUUGUUUAUGUAUAAGGGUUCCUGCACCUACAGAAGAAACUAUAAUACAUAUAUUACAAAACACUUGCAAAAAAGAGGACUUGAAUUUACCUACUGAGUUAGCAAAAAGAAUUGCAUUAGUUUCAAAUAGAAAUUUAAGGCGAGCUCUUCUUAUAUGUGAAGCAUGUAAAGUGGAGCAGUAUCCAUUUACGCCUGAUCAAAAAGUUACAGAGCCCGAUUGGCAAGUUUUUAUCAAGAAAACUGCUACGAAAAUACUGCAAGUUCAAAAUAUUGAUACACUAGCAAAAGUCCGAGAAAAUCUAUAUGAAUUACUUAGUAAUGCUAUACCAUCAGAUAUAAUAUUCAAAACCUUACUUGAAGAACUGUUGAAAAAAUGUGAUUUUUCUAUCAAAGCUAGAGUUGUAGAAGAAGCAGCUAUCCAUGAACAUAGAAUGGUACAAGGAAAUAAGGCUAUUUUUCAUUUGGAAUCAUUUGUUGCUAAAUUUAUGUACAUUUAUCAAAAUAUGAUGCAGGAAAUGAUUGGUGAUUUUUAGUUGUAUUUUAUAUUUUCAAUAAAAUUUCAUUUUCUUAAA